AUGGCGGACGAAUUGGCUCGGCAGCAACAGUAUGAAUACAGAGCGGUAAGUUUGUGGGUUACUUGUUUUAUCAUAAGUAGUUUAAUUUCUUGCUUUUUUUAAUUAAAGAUAUUAAUUUUUGUUAGAAUAACUAAAAAGUAUUUGUUUUAAAGUUAUAUUAGCUUUAUCUUGUUAGCGUUGGUUGCUUUUACGUAAAAUUUGAAACUAUUGGCUUGUUUUAUAUAAACUUUUGUUUGCAGAACAGUAACCUUGUACUUCAAGUCGAUUACAACUACACUGAUCGCAGAAGCCGAGAUGAACCAACCGGUGAAGUGAUGCCUUUGAACAAGGACAGUUUGAGUCGGAUGAAGAUGGGAGACAGAUUUCAACGUACUGAUGCCCCGAAGGAAGCCAAAAAAACCAAGUAAGGUUUUUUAAUUUAUUUGAUUUUUCGGAAUGCCUGACUUUUUGUUUUUUGGAAUGUAUUUUGAGUAAAGAAGUGAAACAAUAUUGAUAUUAAAAUAUUGAUGGCCUCUUUUUAAACAUCUAUUUACUUUUUCAGAAAAACAGGUUCAGGACCGGCCAAGAAGAAGCAGAAGCUAACUGUAGUUGAUGUUGGGGACUUUACUGGCGAUUACAAACCGAGAACUCAAGAGACGCGUCAAAGUUUUGAAAUGAUUCUUAAUUUUGUACAGGAUGCUCUAGGAGAUCACGUAAGUAUUUUCUUUAUUUGGCGAUUUUAUUUUUAUAUUUAUAAAUAAAAUACGUUUUAUGGAAGCUUUUGUUAACAUGGGUUUAAAUAAAGUGUUCGUUAGGUAUGUUUUUUAUUUUCAGCCAAGGGACGUCUUGAUUGGGGCAGCUGAAGAAGUCUUGAAAGUUCUCAAAUGUGAUACCAUGAGGGAGAAAGAACGGCGUCAGGAGACUGAAAUUCUGGUUGAAAAACUGUCAGACGAAAGGUAUGCCGUGCUGGUAAAUUUGUCAAAGCGUAUCACAGAUUUUGAUCUGAAUUUGAAUGAAGAAGAUAACGAGGUAAGGUAUUCAUAUUACAUUUUUCGAUUUUUAGGUUGAAGAAGUUUCGAAAAGGCAAUAAGGAUUACUUUGUUUUUAUUUAUUUCUUUUUUCAGGCCGAAGAAAUUGAUGAAGCUCAAGGUGUGCCAGUACGAUUUGAUGAUGAUGAUGAAGAAGACCCAGAUGAGAUGGCUGAAGAAGUUAAAGAAGGAGACGAUUCAGAUGAAGACGAAGAGAACGGUGUAGAAGCUGUCUUUGAUGGAACGCUACAAGCUCAAGAAGAAGACGAUGUUAAAACUGACGGAAAAAGCUUGUUGAAGCCAACUGACAUUGAUGCUCAUUGGAUUCAGAGGUCAAUGAGAGAAAUCUUUGAGCCAGAAAAAGCUCAAGAAAGGGCUCACGAGGUUCUGAGGAUUCUUGGUGUAAGUUUUUAAUAUUUGUUAUUUAAACCAGCUAGUUUAUUGUGGACGUAGAGUACGUUUAUUUACGAUCUUGUUUUAGGAGUCAAAAGACGACCGUUCAUGUGAAAACGCAUUGGUCAGAUACUUGGAUUAUCAGAAUUUUGACAUUAUCAAAGUGUUCAGAGAGAACCGACAGAUGAUUUAUUGGUGUACUCGCCUGAAGCAAGCUCCAGAAUCAGAACGAGUAGCUAUUGAACACGAGAUGAUCAAAAAUCCGGAAUUGGUUGGAAUUUUACAGCAGUUAAAGGGCGGUGGCGGAGUUGACAUGGUUAAGGUAAUUAAUUCAUAUUUUUUUAGUGUAAUUAAAAAUUUUACUGUAAAUAAUGUAUUAAUAUAGCUAUGAACUGUACCAGAAUAUAUUUUAAUAUUUUUAGACUGAAAAAGAACGAAAAGAAGCCAAAGCCCAAAAGAAACGUGAAGCUGAAGCAGCUCAAGCUCCAAGCUGGGUACAGUCUCGAAAUGUUCUUGACUUGGACGAUAUGGCAUUUGCUCAAGGAUCUCAUUUCAUGAGUAACAAGAAGUGCGUUCUUCCAGAUGGGUCCUUCCGAAAGCAGAAGAAGAGCUACGAAGUUGUUUAUGUACCUGCGUUGAAGCCAGAACCUUUUGAUGAAAACGAAAAGUUGAUCCCGAUUGAAGAACUUCCAAAAUGGGCUCAACCUGGAUUCAAAGGUUUCCAGUCUCUCAACAGAAUCCAAUCUAGGAUCAGCAAAAAAGCGUUAAAGUCGGAUGAUAAUCUGUUGAUCUGUGCGCCUACUGUAAGUAUUUUUUUGCUACAUUUUUUGUUUUGAAUUGACUAAACUUAUAAAGAAUAAACUAUUGUUAAAAUUAUUAUUUUAUUGUUUUUUUAAGUAAGUUAAUUUCAGGGUGCUGGUAAAACAAACGUCGCUGUGAUGUGUAUUCUCCGCGAACUGUCGAAACAUCUGAAUGCUGACGGAUCGGUUAAGAAAGAUGAGUUCAAGUGUGUGUAUGUUGCUCCAAUGAGGUCUUUGGUACAAGAAAUGGUAGGAUCGUUCAAGAAGAGACUUGAGCCUUACGGCCUUGAAGUCGGUGAAAUGACUGGAGACGCCCAGAUGUCUAAAGAGCAGUUCAUGCAGACUCAAGUUAUUGUAUGUACUCCGGAAAAGUACGACAUUGUGACAAGAAAGGGAGGAGAAAGAGCUUACAAUCAGUUGGUCAGAGUUAUCAUCAUUGAUGAAAUCCAUCUUCUGCACGACGACAGAGGACCGGUCUUGGAGUCGAUUGUGGCCAGAACGAUCAGGAACAGCGAGCAAACUCAAGAGAACUGCCGAUUGGUGGGAUUGUCUGCUACUUUGCCCAAUUACAGAGAUGUAGCCGCGUUUUUGAGAGUAAAUGACGACGGAUUGUUUUACUUUAACAACUCGUUCAGACCAGUACCACUCGAACAAGAGUAUAUCGGGAUUACGGAGAAGAAGGCUUUGAAGAGAUAUCAGGCUAUGAAUGAGGUUGUUUAUGAUAAAGUCAUGGAGAACGCAGGAAAAAGUCAAGUGAGUAUUUUUUACUAUUUGGAAGGUGAUAUUUUGUAAUAUUACUUUCUGUUUAAUUUUUGUUAUUACUUUAUCUUUAUUUCCUUUUAUUUUUAGGUAUUAAUUUUUGUUCACUCUCGAAAAGAAACCGCCAAAACAGCCAAAGCCAUCAGAGAUGCCUGUUUGGAACGAGACACAUUGUCAGCCUUCUUACGUGAAGGAUCUGCUUCUACGGAGAUUCUACGGUCAGAAGCUGAAAAUGUGAAAAAUCAGGAUUUGAAAGACCUGCUACCUUAUGGCUUCGGUAUUCACCAUGCUGGUAUGAACCGAAUGGACAGAACAUUGGUCGAGGAUUUGUUUGCCGACAAACAUUUACAAGUUUUGGUAUCUACAGCUACAUUGGCUUGGGGUGUGAAUCUUCCAGCUCAUACUGUAAUGAUCAAAGGAACUCAAAUCUACAAUGCUGAAAAAGGUUGUUGGACUGAGUUGGGAGCUUUGGAUAUUAUGCAGGUAGGUCAAUAUUUUCGGAAUAUUUUUCACUUUUGGCAACGUUUAAAUUAUUUAUUAAUUUUUGAUUUUUAUAGAUGAUGGGACGUGCAGGAAGACCUCAGUUCGACUCCGUUGGUAAAGGUAUUCUGAUCACUCACAAUUCGGAACUUCAAUAUUACCUAAGUCUGCUUAACCAACAACUACCGGUCGAAUCUCAAAUGGUAUCCAAACUACCUGAUAUGCUGAAUGCUGAAAUUGUUCUUGGCACGAUAAACAAUGUGAACGAUGCGAUGGAAUGGAUCGGAUACACUUAUUUAUAUGUCAGAAUGAUCCACUCACCCACUUUGUAUGGUAUAUCUCAUGAUAUUGCCAGAAAGGAUGAGUUACUGGAUCAACCAAGAGCUGAUCUUGUUCACACGGCUUGCUUAAUGCUAGACAAGGGUAACCUGAUAAAAUACGACAAGAAAUCAGGGCUGGUACAAGCGACCGAAUUAGGAAGAAUUGCCUCUCAUUUCUACUGUACCUUCGAGAGCAUGGAGACCUAUAACAAGUUGUUGAAGGAAACAGCUACUGAAACUGACCUCUUCAGAAUCUUCUCAAUGUCUUCUGAAUUCAAACACAUUCACGUCAGAGAAGAAGAGAAGUUAGAGCUUCAGAAGUUGUCCGAACAUGUUCCAAUCCCAAUCAAGGAAAGUCUGGACGAACCAUCGGCUAAAGUCAACGUGUUGUUGCAGGUAAGAGAUCAUUUUUCCGGUUUUCUUAUAUACAUUUGUGUUUUUAACCUUUCAGGUCUAUGUUUAAAAUUAAUGUUUCAGACCUACAUCUCUCAGCUCAAACUGGACGGAUUCUGUCUCCAAAGUGAUAUGGUUUUUGUUUCUCAGUCAGCUGGUCGAUUGUUCCGUGCCAUUUUUGAGAUUGUAUUGUGGAGAGGAUGGGCUCAACUGGCUCACAAAGUUUUGUCGCUUUGUAAAAUGGUGAAUGCCAGACAAUGGCAGAGUUUGAAUCCCCUUCAUCAGUUCACCAAGAUUCCGAAGGAUAUUGUCAGAACAUUGGACAAAAAAAACAUUCCAUUCGACCGGUUGUACGACUACAAUGAACAUCAACUUGGAGAUCUGGUCAGAGCGGCGAAACUCGGAAAGCCAUUGUACAAGUUAAUUCGGCAGAUUCCAAAGUUGGAUCUACAAGUAUUAGUAUUGCCAAUCACAAGGUCAACACUUCAAGUUGAGUUAGCCAUCACAGCCGACUUCAAAUGGGACGAGAAGGUGCACGGUAAAGCAGAAGGCUUCUGGAUCUUUGUAGAAGAUGUAAACGGCGAAGUCAUCUUACACAGCGAGUAUUUCAUUCUUAAGGAGAGAUACUACGAAGAUGAACAUGUGGUCAAGAUGUUUGUACCGGUAUUUGACCCUCUGCCUCCACUUUAUUUCAUCAGAGUUAUUAGCGACAGAUGGCUGGGAUCCGAGACAGUAAUGCCAGUCAGCUUCAGAUACUUAAUUCUGCCUGAAAAGUACCCGCCACCAACUGAGCUUCUGGAUCUGCAGCCACUUCCUUUGAGUGCUUUGAAUAACAAAAAGUUUGAAUCUGUCUUCAGAGAACGAGGAAUCAGAGUCUUCAAUCCAAUUCAAACUCAAGGUAAACUAUUUCCGUUUUUAUUGUUUCUGUGAUGUUUUCUAGAGUUUUUUUAUAGUUAUGUAGUAAUUUUUUACAUAUUUCAGUAUUCCGUUCUUGCUACGAAACCAACGACAACGUGUUCAUUGGAGCUCCAAAUGGAAGUGGAAAAAGAGUUUGUGCCGAAUUUGCCUUGCUACGACACUUUGACAACAAUCCAAACGCCAAGGCUGUUUAUUGUACACAACGAGAAGAAAUUGCUCAGAAGGUUGGUUUCUUGUUCUGUUUCUUAUGUUUACUGUUUAUGGUGUUAAAGUGCUUAAGGUUGCUUUUUUUGAAAUUAUUUUAAUAGGGCCUUGUGCACAUAAGUAUUUUUCAUAUAUUUAAAGAAACGUUAUUUUUUGUUUAAGAAAUGUAAUUUCAGGUAUUCAACGAAUGGACAGAACGCAUUGGCCCAGUCCUCGACAAAACUGUUGUCCAACUGACCGGUGACUCGAGCAUUGACUUGAAACUGAUGCAGAAGGGUGAUAUUAUCAUUGCCACCGCGGAACGUUGGGACCACAUGUCCAGAAGAUGGAAACAAAGAAAGAAUGUCAUGGCGGUAAAGUUGUUCAUUGUGGACGACUUGCAGAUGGUCGGAUACGCUGGAGGUACGGUAUUGGAAGUUGUAUGCAGCAGAAUGAGAUACAUGGGAGGUCAAUUGGAAGACGAAACUGGAAAACUGAGAAUUGUGGCAUUGAGCACGAGCUUGGCCAACGCCAAGGAUGUUCAGAAUUGGCUGGGAGUUUCGGUGUCUGCCAAUUACAACUUCCCUCCUAAUGCUAGACCAUUGCCAUUGGAUCUGUAUCUACAAGGUGAGGAAAUACGCGUAUAAUCAGAUUAUUUACACUAUUAUUAUUGUUUGAGUGAUGAUUUUUAUUGCAAAAGUACCUAUUAUUAGUUUAAUUUUUGAUUUUUCAGGGUUCAACCUAGCCCAUACAGAAUCCAGACUAGCUGCAAUGACUCGUCCCUUAUACACAGCCAUUUGCAAACAUGGUGGAAAGCUGGAACCCAAACCAGCAAUCGUAUUCGUCCCAACUCGACGACAAGCCCGCCCAACAGCUUUUGAUCUGCUGACUUUGGCUAAAGCUGAAAAUCAACCGGACAGAUUCUUACAUGUGAAUCCAGAAGACGAAGUCUUCCAGAAUUUGGUCAAUGCCAUUUCUGAUUCAAGUAUCAAGGAAUCGGCCAAAAGAGGAGUUGGAUAUUAUCAUGAAGGAACCAACAACAAGGACGUCCAGAUUCUUGAAACAUUGUUCUCUGCAGGCACUAUUCAGGUUAGUUAAAUUAACGAUACUGUUUAGAAAAUCUAUUUAAUUGUUAUUUAUUUGCUGUUUUGCCAUAUUAGUAUUUGAGUUCCUACAUUCUUGAUUUUUAGGUAUUGAUUGUACCAAGGACAAUGUGCUACAGUGUCAACGUGUACUCUCAUUUGGUAGUGAUAAUGGACACACAAUACUAUGAUGGAAAGACUCAUACUGAACAUGAUUACCCCAUCCCUGACAUCUUGCAGAUGCUCGGUAUUGCAAACAGACCAAAUGACGACCAAGAUUGUAAGCUAAAAUCAUUGUGAUGCCACUAUUAUAUCGUAUAACAUUUAAAUUUAGAGCAUUAGUUUUUAUUAUCGUAGUUUUGUUUGUUUACUUUCGUAAUAAAAUAUGUGAUUUUCAGCAAAAUGUGUUUUGAUGUGUCAGUCCUCGAAACGUGACUUCCUCAAGAAGUUCCUGUUCGAGCCUCUGCCAGUGGAAAGUCACCUCGAUCACGACCUCCAUGAUCAUUUCAAUGCCGAAGUUGUGACGAAGACAAUCGAAAACAAACAAGAUGCCAUCGACUACCUCACAUGGACGUUGUUGUACAGGAGAAUGACCCAGAACCCCAACUACUACUCGCUUCAAGGUGUCACGCAUCGUCAUCUCAGCGACGCCCUGUCAGAGCUGGUAGAGAAUACGCUCAAAGACCUGGAGAGUUCCAACUGCAUUGCCAUCAAGGAUGACAUGGACACGAUACCAUUGAAUCCAGGCAUCAUUUGUGCUUACUAUUACAUUCGACAUGCCACCAUUGACACAUUCCAAAUGGCUCUGAAGAAGCGCAUGAAGGCCAAGGCUAUUCUCGAGAUCGUGAGCUAUGCUGACGAAUUUAAGGACAUGCCAAUCAGAGAGAAGGAAGAAGCCACCUUGAAGAAAUUGGCACAAACCCUACCAAAUGUCCAAAACAGCCAAAAAUGGUCAGAUCCUCAUGUUAAAGUACAUCUCCUACUCAACGCUCACCUCAGCAGAAUCCAAUUGUCAGCUGAAUUAACCAAAGACACCGAGCAAAUAUUGCCUAAAGCAGUUAGACUAAUCCAAGCCUGUGUUGAUGUUCUUGGAAGUCACGGUUAUCUAAACAGUGCCAUCAAUGCAAUGGAGCUUUGCCAAAUGCUGACACAAGCUGUUUAUGCUGGACAACACUGUCUGACUCAGCUCCCACACAGCUCGAACGAUUUGAUUGAAAGGGCCAAGAAGUCGAACGUGGAAACAAUUGUGGACCUCCAGGAAUUGGAAGAUGACGUUAGAAACGAUCUUCUUCAAAUGCAGAAGGCCCAGCUGAUUGAUGUGGCCAAGUUCUGUAACAAUUACCCUGCUUUGGUGUUGGAGUACGAGCACGAGCCAAAGAAACCUACAGAAGGACAACCAGUUGUCUUCACGGUAUGUUUUUCGAUUUUAGUUUUUUAGCUAAAGCUUAAUACGACUUUAAAUUAGUAAGAUUAUAAUGUAUCUUCCUCGAUGACAUAUUGUUUUUUCAGAUCCAAAUCGAAAGAGAGAACGUGGACGAACGUACCGGCGCAGCGCCUCCAGUCGUAGCACCGUACUGGCCACAGAAGCGAAAGGAAGAAGGCUGGUGGCUGGUCAUCGGCGACACAGAUCCAGAAUCCACUCACCCAUUGUUAUGUAUCAAACGAAUUUCGGUAAACCAACAAUCGGCUGUCAAGUUGGACUUUGUACCACAACGAGAAGGAACAUAUGAUCUGAAGCUCUACUUCAUCUGUGAUUCGUACAUUGGAGCCGAUCAGGAGUACGAUAUCAAGCUGAAAGUACGGCGAGAUCACUAA